AAGGUCAAUAUAUUCAAUCAACAGUUAAAGAGUAGACAGAGAUCAUUUGCAGCGACACGUGAUAAUGCAGCUUCAAGUGAUUAUUUGUUUGAUGAGGUGGCAAGUCGACUGGCCGACAGGAUAUUCGACGUCAAGAAUAUAAAGAUGAACAAAGUGCUUGACUUUGGUUCUCGCAAUGGUGCCCUACUCAAACAACUCAAUGACGUUAAACCAAAGAGGAUAGUAGUGGACAAUAUGGAGGACCGACUUCCAUUCGAGAAUGAGCAAUUUGAUCUCAUUUUGUCCAACCUCUCUCUGCACUGGAUCAAUGACUUGCCAGGUGUGUUUGCUCAUCUCCGACAGUUACUCAAGCCAAAUGGUGUAUUCCUAGCAAGUCUCCUCGGUGAGGAAACAUUGACCGAACUAAAGGACUCAUUGUACUUGAGUGACAUUGAACGAUGUGGAGGGUUCACUCCACAUAUAUCUCCAUUCGCAAAGCUGAGUGACGUGGGCAACUUGUUGUCCAAGGCAAGGUUUACUCUGCCCACAGUGGAUACGGAGAAGUUGGUCAUUCGCUACAGCAACAUGUUCGUUCUGAUGAAGGAUCUGCAGUUAAUGGGCGAGAACAACGCAACGUACAAGAGUCGAGUGGCCGCCGGUAAGGACUCGUUCUUGGGUGCAUCGGCAAUUUAUCAAGGACUGUACGGCAAUGAUGAUGGAACAGUUCCAGCGACGUUCCAGGUAAUAUAUUUGAUUGGAUGGGCGCCACAUCACUCACAGCCAAAACCAUUGCCUCGAGGCAGUGCCAAGAAGCAUCUCAGUGAGAUAGGUGACAGUAGUAUCAAUAUCAAGUUGGACACAAUGACUUCGAAGACAUCAACAACAACAACAACUUCAACAACAAAACCAACGCCAUCACCUCAACAACAAAAAACAGCGGAAAGCCAAUUGGAUCCUACGAUAUUGGAGCCUGUUCCAAAGACAGAGGACUUUAUCAUUAAGAGGCUGGACAAGCAUGGAAAUCUACAUGAAGUAGCAAGCAAAGAUACG